AUGUCAGACAAAGUCAAACCCAGCACGCCUAUCCAGCAGACAAUCUCAAACCACGUCGGAACGGUAGAAGAUGUGAGGCUGAAGCGCGACUUUGGCACAUGGGGCAUCCUGUCCAUCGCAUGGAACAUGGUCAACAUCUUUGGCGGCAUGUCCUACAUUUUUGUGGUGGGAUUCUCGGCUGGAGGCAUCCCUUCCAUCUUUUACGGCUUCAUAGGCUCUUCGUUCUGCGUUCUCUGUAUCAUGGCAACUCUAGCUGAGUGCGCUUCCAUGUUUCCCACGGCAGGCGGCGCUUAUCAUUUUGCCACCUUUCUCGCUCCCGAGAAGUACCGAAGAUAUAUCAGCUAUCCGCUUGGCUGGCUCAACUACCUUGGCUGGGUCUUCACCAUCGCCUCCUGCUCAGCCAUCGCCACAUGGUUGACCUUUUCUCUGGUCAACCUAUGCAAGCCCGAGGUCUCAGUGACCACCCGGUGGCAGCUGUUCCUAGUUUAUAUCGCCUGGUCCGUUGGGCUCAAUCAUCUGACCAUCUCUCUCUCUCUAGGUGCAGCCAGCAUGGUUGGGUUUGUGGGAUUUGUCAUUGCUCUCCUCGCUCGCAGUCCAAAGGCAGAUACUGCGUUUGCUUUUAAAGAUAUCGUCAAUGAGACGGGUUACUCGACUGCUGCAAUGGCAGUUGUCCUGGGUCUGUACAAUAGCAUGGUUGCUUUCAUCUGCCUGGACGCAGCUUGUCACAUGGCCGAAGAGCUUCCGCAUCCUGCUGUUCAAAUUCCGAGGGUCUUGUACAUUACUAUGGCCACUCAAUUCACGGUCGGAGUAAUCUACAUCUUCACAAUUGGCUUCUCCAUUACAGAUAUCAACGUCAUUAUCAAAACACCAACUGGCGUCCCAAUCAUUGAGGUUGUGCGACAAGGUCUCAAGAGCGACGCUGCUGCCAUAGUCUUCAACGUCGUCUUGCUGAUCAAUUUUAUGGCAUCCACAACUGGAGCUAUGCUUGCCUCCAGCCGCCAAGGAUACGCUCUCGCCCGGGAUGGUGGCCUAUUCUUCAAGCAAGCGCUCACCAAGAUUCAGCCCAGGUUCAUGGUCCCACUACAGUCGCUCAAUCUUUGUUUCGGACUUUCGAUACUAAUCGGCAUUGUAUAUCUCUUCUCAACACAAGCAUUCAACGCUUUGUUGGGAGCUGAGGCACUCUUUAUGCUUUUGAGCUACGCGCCCCCGUCCUUGAUGAUGCUCAUCUUCGGUCGAGCACAGCUGAAAACGACCAAGUUCAGUCUCCAUCGGCUCGGAUACUUUUACGCAGGUGUGGCGGUUGUCUACACGGCAAUAGUAACUGUUCUUGUCAUGAUCCCCCAGGUGCACCCGGUCACAGCGUCCAACAUGAACUACACAAUCCUCUUCGCCGGUAGUUUUGCUAUCUUGUGUCUCAUAAUGUGGGUGCUGGAUGCCAGAAAAUCGUACAAGCCCCCGACAUUUGAGCAAUUUGUGGUUAACGUGGCUCCGCCUGAGGACAGAGGGGUGUUUGUAGAGGGUGACAACUCGCACCACAAGCAUGGUGUAGAGUAG